GGGCGGAAACUCGUGUAUAGAUAGAUGGUAGAUAGAUAGAUGUAGUACUUUUAAUGUUCCUCGUUUUAAUUCAACAGUAUAUUUAUAUAUCGCUAUUUGUCUCGCGGUCGUUUUUAUUUCUAAUGUCCGGUUACGAUAACCAUAAGACAGGUUUGUAGAAAGUUCUCGGGUAGAUCCCGUAGAAACGUGUCAGUCACUCAUGCGUCUAUCAUCAUGAUUGAUUACAGCGAGAGGAAUAUUGUUCCUUUAGCUGAUAUCAUCUUUUAUCAGGGUGAAGAGAGAGAGAUGACAAUACACUGCUUGUGCUCCAGAGCUUAUGUCAAUGAUCGAGAAUUGUAUCGGUCAGAUUUUAAAGCCAUACUGAAUCAGACUGACAGUCAAUUGCAAGUAGAUUUGGAAGCUUAUGAUGAGGAAGAGCUUUUGGAGGACCAUAACUGUUCUGUGGAUGAUGAUGAUGAUGAUGAUGAGGAGGAGGAGGGGGAUGAGGAAGAAGAGGCUGUUGUUGAUGAUGAGACCAUGCUUAUGGCCAGUUUGGGGCUUCCUGUGGAGUUUGCCAGCUCAUCAAAACAGAGGAAAGCUGGCCAAGUUUUAGCGAGACCGAAGAACAAAAGAACCAUCAAGCGUUUGGAAGCCCCCUCAGAUUAUGACUCUGAACAGAAACAGCAGUGUACUGUGAGUGACAUCGCUGAGACCCCCGCUGAACAGCCGUGUCCCGCGUCAGAGGAGGCCUGGCUGAGCUACUGGCAGCAGCAUGGGGAGGGUCUGCUGUGGCAGAGCUGGCUGGAGAAACAACCUAAUAUCUCCUGCAGUUCGACACAGGACUGUUCCCGCUCAGAGGCAGACUGGGAUGAGCACUACCAACAAACAUACCAGUACUACUGGGAGCAGUUUCACUACUGGGUCGCCCAGGGCUGGACAGUGGACGAGACCAACAGCACCACCGCUGCUUCUGAGGAAUAUCAGGGCAGCCCAGGAGAAACAGAGGCACUCGAGAAUCAGACAGAAGAAAGGUCAAAAGCAGACGUUACACAUCUCAUAAGCAGCCUGAACUUAUUGACUGAGGAAGUAGACAGCGAGAAUGGCGACCAGCAGUCUUUGGUCUGUAACUGCGCUGAUGAGCCCUGUGAUGGCGGAAACCGCAAAAGGGCAUCGUCACGUACAGCCUGCACUGACAUUUCUGAUGGCAACAUGAAACAGACCUCUGCGCCAUUGAGUAAUCGGAGUGGACAGCCCAUAAAGAGCAGAUCUAAUGACGAAGAUCAGAGUGAUGAUGAUGAUGAUCCUCCAGGGAACAGACGAGCCAAAGUGAAGAGAGCUCAUGAGCUGGAUGUUGAGGAGCUUGCGGAGGUGCCGGUUGAAGAGGCAUGGGAUGCUCUCGGUCUGAGACGUGGUCCACAGCCCAAGUUUGACAGUGUUGUGAAGCUGAAACAAGGCCAAGCUCCAUACGCUGGCAGAAGGAGUGAGGAGAACAGAAAGCCUCCCGAGGAAAGAAAAAAAGCAGCCUGCAAAAUCAACAAGCACAUCUUCUUUACUGAUGAUGGACCACAAACCACAAAGCCAAAGAUCAGCAAAGUCCUUCAAAAAGUCCAGAGUUUCCUUCAGCAGGUUCAGAUUGAUGCUGACUCUGAGGAGGUGACUCCAGCCUCCAUGCCUGAAGCCCUGACUGAGCCAUGUGAGAGAGCAGAAGAUGGAAGUCUACCUACACGAAAGGAAGACGAGGAAAAAACUGAUGAAAUAGAGUGUGAGACGACACCUCAGCUCAGCAGAAGAUGUGAAAUAAGUGAGAAACUUCAGCAGAACAUUCAGCCAGAGCCAGAAGAAAGAGAGGACAGUGAUUCAGAUCCUCGAGGAGAGCUGCAGCCCUUGGACAUCCCUGACUUCUUACUCCCUUAUGCUCCCGAGGACGUUGAGGGAGCAGAGAGCGUGCAAGCCUCUAAAAAGAACAAGAGAAGGAACCAGAAAAGGAGAAAGGAUGUGAAAAUGCCACCUGAGAUUGCAGCAGAACCUGAGCUGGCCAAGUACUGGGCACAACGCUACCGUCUGUUUUCCAGGUUCGAUGAGGGCAUCAAACUGGACCAUGAGGGCUGGUUCUCAGUGACUCCUGAGAAGAUAGCAGAGCACAUCGCUCUGAGAGUGCAGGACAGCUUCAGCACAGAGCUCAUUAUCGAUGCCUUCUGUGGUGUGGGUGGCAAUGCCAUUCAGUUUGCCCUCACUGGUAAAAGAGUGAUUGCCAUCGAUAUUGACCCUGUACGGCUGGCUCUGGCACAGCACAAUGCAGAAGUGUACAGUGUGGCGCACCAGAUAGAGUUUGUGCAGGGAGACUUCCUGCAGUUGGCUCCGCGCCUGCGAGGAGACAUGGUUUUCCUCAGUCCCCCGUGGGGAGGACCAGAGUACCUCAGUGCUGACGUCUUCAACAUCAAGACCAUGAUGACUCUUGAUGGAUUUGAAAUUUUCAGGUUGUCAAAAAUGAUUUCAGACAAUAUUGUCUAUUUUCUUCCUCGAAAUGCAGACAUGGAACAGAUCGCGUCGCUCGCCGGCCCAGGUGGGAAGGUGGAAGUGGAGCAGAACUUUCUGAACAACAAACUGAAAACAAUUACUGCAUACUUUGGAAUCAUGGGUUGUAAAAAAUCCAAGUUGGAUGGUGACCAAAAUGGAGGUGUGCUUGAAGGGAACAAACACCAGCCAGUACGUACUGACCAAACUGUAUAUGUGAGAGAUCCAACCUCCUAUAAGCCUCAUAUAAAUAAUCAGGCUGCCGGCCUUCUGCCUGGUCAGGUGUUCCAAAAAAUGGAAGAAAAGGAAAAAAUAGCCAUUGCUUUGUAUCCAUAUGACGCCAUUCAUGCUGACGAUCUGGGCUUUAAAAAAGGAGAGAAGUUAAAGAUUCUUGAAGAGCAUGGAGAAUGGUGGAAGGCAAAGUCUUUGACCACAAGAAAGGAAGGAUUCAUUCCUUCAAACUAUGUUGCCGAAGCAGACACUAUAGAGACAGAAGAAUGGUUCUUCAAAGAUAUCACACGGAAGGAUGCAGAGAGACAGCUGUUGGCGCCUGCUAACAAACCUGGGUCUUACCUCAUUCGGGAAAGUGAAACCUCAAAAGGAAGUUAUUCACUAUCAAUCAGGGAUGUGGAUGCUCAGGGGUUGGAUGUUGUUAAACAUUAUAAAAUCAGAUCUCUGGAUAAUGGUGGCUACUACAUCUCUCCAAAAAUCACAUUCAAUGACAUCAACAGCAUGAUAAAACAUUAUCACAAACAACCAGACGGAUUGUGUCGAAAACUAGAGAAACAAUGUGAGAAGCCAAAAGCACAGAAGCCUUGGGACAAAGAUGCGUGGGAAAUCUCUAAAGAAUCCAUAAAGAUGGUGAAGAAGCUCGGAGCAGGGCAGUUUGGAGAGGUGUGGAUGGCCUACUAUAAUAACAGCACAAAGGUGGCGGUGAAAACACUGAAGCCGGGCACAAUGUCAGUGGAGGCUUUCCUAGAGGAGGCCAACCUGAUGAAAACCUUACAGCACGACAGACUCGUGCGCCUCUAUGCUGUCGUCACCAAAAUUGAGCCCAUCUACAUCAUCACUGAGUUCAUGGCAAAUGGAAGCUUAUUGGAUUUCUUGAAAAGUGCAGCUGGCUGCAAAGUACAGUUACCGAAGCUAAUAGAUUUUUCUGCACAGAUAGCUGAAGGUAUGGCCUACAUUGAGAAGAAGAACUAUAUCCACCGAGACCUGAGGGCAGCUAAUGUGCUGGUUUCAGAUAGCCUGUUGUGCAAAAUAGCUGAUUUUGGCCUGGCCAGAGUAAUUGAGGAUGACCAAUACACUGCCAGAGAAGGAGCAAAAUUUCCUAUCAAAUGGACGGCUCCCGAGGCCAUCAACUAUGGUUCUUUCACCAUCAAAUCCGAUAUGUGGUCCUUUGGGGUUCUCCUGUAUGAGAUUAUAACAUACGGGAAAAUUCCGUAUCCAGGCAUGAGUAACAGUGAAGUCAUGAGCUCUAUUCAGAGAGGUUACCGAAUGCCCCGUCCUGAAAACUGUCCCACUGAACUUUAUGAGAUCAUGACCUCGUGCUGGAAAAGCAAACCAGACGACCGGCCCACGUUCGACUAUAUUCAGAGUGUACUAGAUGACUUCUACACAGCCACUGAGGGCCAGUACCAGCAGCAGCCAUGAGGAUGCAAAAUCAUAUUUUUAUACUGUUUCAAGAUGAUCAAAGGAUCUGUGAUUUAUCUAUGAAUCAAUGUUCUAAUAUGUAACUAAUAAUGGGAUCAGUCUGCUUACUUAUGCGUAAGCAAGAUUCAGAUUUUCUAUUUCUGCUUCAAAUUGAAGUUUUAACAAACUAUUUGCUACUUUUGCUCGUCUCAUUCAAAUUUCAAUGGCUGCAUUUCAAUUUGUAAAUAAUUAUGUUUCAAUGUACCCUACCAAAGUUUCAUUGUAAUUUUUACACAUCAAAACAUUUAUUUUUUUUCUUUAUUUUUAUUUUUUUUAAACGAGGGCUUUGCAAACUGGAGUCUGGGGGCUGCUAUCUGCAAAUGAAUUCAGAGAAAAUAAAAGAUUUUACUUUUAGGGCUGUCAAAGUUAACUGUAAAGCUGUUUUGGAAGGACAUUUAUUGUAAAAGGAAGUUUUGAACAUUUGAAUUGGAAUAAGAUGAUUAGUUGCAUUCACAAAUGUAAACGCUUAAAAUGAACACUGUCAAACACUUGACUUUAAACUAUCACAUAUUUUCUUAAAAGGAUGUGAAUAAUUUAUAAAUGACAUUAUACAGCUGCCUAUAUAUUUUAGUAAGAGGGUCUUAUUUUUUUACAUAUUUUAAUAACAAUAUUGAUAAUGUUACAAUAUCGAACAGUGACAGAGGGUAAUAUUUUGUAAUUAAGCCUUUAAAUUGCCUUGUAUUUGAUUAGCUGUAAGAAUGAAAUGCUUUGUAUAGUUAAAAUAUGUUGUACAUUUGUACAUUAUCUAGAAAUUUAAUAAAGUGAAUCUUUUGUGAUUGAUAA